AGCUAAAAUCCAGGCUGGAGGGAGGUGUGACCGGGCUGGAAGGUGCGUGCGUAUUUGGCGCGUCUGCGGCGGAGGAGAGACUGCAUGCGGCCGGGAGAACUUGCUCCCUCUGUGCGCCGCUCCAUCUGACCUCUCCUCCUUCUCCUCCCUGAAGAGGCACUUGGAAGUGAGGAGAUGUGAAGAAGCUUGAAGUAUGGCAUGCGAAGAUGCUUUCUGCCAAUACAAAGGCGCUGGCGACGACGAUGCACCCCGUUUUUAUGACUCUCUUAUACUUUUUCUCUUUGGCGACUUGUGUUAAGAACACCACAGGACAGACAAAGAAGGAUGAAAGGAUCUAUCCGGGGAAUUUUACGCGGAUUUUAGACCGACUUCUAGACGGUUACGAUAACAGACUGAGACCUGGAUUCGGAGGUCCCGUGACCGAGGUCAAGACAGACAUUUAUGUGACAAGUUUUGGUCCUGUCUCAGAUGUUGAAAUGGAAUACACAAUGGACGUGUUCUUUCGUCAGACGUGGGUAGACCGCAGGUUGAUGUAUGAGGGUCCGAUUGAGAUUUUAAGGCUCAAUAACUUGAUGGUGACCAAAGUUUGGACGCCAGACACUUUCUUCAGGAACGGCAAGAAGUCAGUGGCCCACAACAUGACGGCGCCCAACAAACUGUUCCGGAUCAUGAAGAACGGGACCAUUCUCUACACCAUGAGAUUGACAAUCAGUGCAGAAUGUCCCAUGAAGCUUGUGGACUUCCCGAUGGACGGACAUGCGUGCCCCCUCAAGUUUGGAAGCUAUGCCUAUCCCAAAACAGAGGUGAUCUAUACUUGGACCAAAGGGCCCGAGCACUCCGUGGAGGUCCCUCCGGAGUCGUCAAGCUUGGUUCAGUACGAUCUCAUCGGCCAGACGGUCUCCAGCGAAACCAUUAAAUCCAUCACAGGUGAAUAUGUGGUGAUGACGGUCUUCUUCCACUUGAAACGGAAAAUGGGCUACUUCAUGAUUCAGACGUAUAUCCCUUGCAUAAUGACAGUAAUCCUCUCCCAAGUGUCCUUCUGGAUAAAUAAAGAGUCGGUCCCGGCGCGCACAGUUUUCGGUAUCACCACGGUGCUGACCAUGACGACUCUCAGCAUCAGCGCUCGCCACUCCCUCCCCAAGGUGUCGUACGCCACGGCCAUGGAUUGGUUUAUUGCGGUCUGCUUCGCCUUCGUUUUCUCUGCCCUCAUCGAGUUUGCUGCUGUCAACUACUUCAACACGCAGCUCGAGCGGGCUAUAAAGAAGCCGGCCAAAUGCCCGCCUGUACCUCAAACCACGCCAGUCAAGGUCAAGGACACGGAGGAGGUGCUGCAGCAGAACCCAGACACCAACGGUAACCUGAGGAAGCGCAUGAAUUACAUUUGCCACCAAGACUUGCGCAAUCACCAGCGAGCCCAGUCCACGAGCAACAUUUCAGGAGUGGGCCGAGCCCGACCGCCGAGACCUUUAAACAGCGGCGUCAACAGCAGCUCGCCCACCCUCUCCCGCUCCAGCCCCAAACCCGAGAGCGUGCUCAGCGAGGCUUCGUCAACGGAAGUCAAACAGCUUGUGAAAAACACGCCCCUGGCUGCGUCAUCCACGCCAGACGUGACGGUAGGGACGCCGUGCAAGACGCAAAACGCCGCCGCCGCUUCCUUGCAUCAUCUGCUGGGGCCCAAACUGGAGCACCUCCAGAUGAUGGGGAACAAAGCGGAGCUCAAACAGACUCCGUGCUCCCAGCCCAGCGCUGCCGGGAUGGGCGGAACCAGCAAAAUUGACAAGUAUGCACGGAUCCUCUUUCCAGUGUCCUUUGGAGCAUUUAACAUGGUUUACUGGGUGGUUUACUUAUCCAAGGACAGCAUGGUGGCCAAAGGAGGCUAGACUCUGGCAACAAGCAUGAAGCACCAUUUUGCUUCACAGAUGGGAAGCCAAUAAGGAAUUAAAGCUGCCAAAACCAGAACAGACGUACCUUCAUAUCCCGAGAGAACACAUGUUUUUAUUAACAGCGAGCAUGGGAACAUAUCAACCAAAUUAUGAAAUAUUUCAUUCGCUGUAAGGAUGAAAACUAGCCCACUGGACGAUGCUUUUCUCCUCUUUUCAUCUUGUGUAUUUAAAGGUCUUCACUGGAGUCGAGAUAACGCAUGAUAUUUUUCUAUCCUGCAUCUGUGUGGAUGUGUGCACCGCCAUUCUAAAACUGUAAAUAGGUUUAUUUGUACAAACUGAUUUGAUUAAUCACAGUGUACUGACAAUUGAGUAUUAAGACCUUAUGAAAGCAAGUCUUUGUAAUGGGAAAAAGAGUUCAGGGUUUCUGGUUUCGUGACCAGGGUAAAUUCGCGCGAAUGCCGAUUAGACCCGAAGUUGCUACAUUUUUAAAGGGGCACGGGGUGUUAAUAGAGCCUAGGAUGUUAAGAGCGAGCAUUAAUACUAGACGGAUGAUCUCAAUCUAUAGUCAAUCAAUGGAAAACAAGAAUUAGGAGAUCUUGCAGACAGAAACUUGUAAGGUCUCAUUUUUCAUUAAUAUUCCAAUAAGCUUCUUUCCUAAUAGCAAUGGCAAUUGACUGCGUAGUCAAGAAUUGUGCAAGGGUUUAACUCACGUCACGUGAUUUAACAGCACAAACGGCUUGUGGCUAAUCCAUCACUGCAACAAUAAAGUUUUUAGCGGAGUGACUGUUUUGUAUUAAUUUGGAAAUUCUAUCAUUCAUACAUCUAAAUGCAGUGGUGCCUUGAGAUAGAAGCUUAAUUUGUUCAGAUUAUGACUUAAAUAAACCUUUCCCAUUGACGUUAAUGUAAAUGUCAAUAAUCUGUUCAAGCCUCCUAAAAAAACAUGUUUUUAAACAAGAAAAAUAUACAUAUAUAUAUAAUUUCAGAAUGUAAGGAAUGAAACCGAAUGAAAUCGUUUUUACCACGAUUUUUGCUUCAGGUUAGCGGACAUUUUGCUGCUCCUUCUGCUGUGUGCGCUUUGACCACCUGGGGGCAGUAGUAUUUCUGCUUUUUAUAAUCAGCGGUAUAAAAAAAA